UAAACCUGACUGGAGAUCAGCUGUCCUGUCUCGGUCCUCUGCAUCCUCCCUACAGCCGGCAACGUGGCAACACUCAAAUCUUCAAAGUUUUCUUAUUUUCCAGAUGUGACCUACAAUCCGAGGACGCGGUUUAUUCUUGUCGAACUGACACAGACGACACUGUCAGUGAUGGUUUGUUCUUUUUUUUGUGUUGUUCUUCUGAUUAUCCUGAGGAUGGACGUGGUUUCCUCUUUUGCUGCCUUGUGGGACUGCAGCUGUCAAAGUGUUCAGGGUGUGCUCCUCUGUUUACCCUCAGCUCUCUGUGCAAACACAACGGACCUGAAGAAACGUACACGCACCCAGUAGUAGGACUUUGAUUCUUUUUUAAAUUAAAUGGUGCAUUUUUUCUCGCAUUGGGAUCAUUUACAGUUUUGUUUUCUAGCACUAUCUGCACACUGUUAUUUGGCUCACAGUGUUUGGUGAACUUUAUCCUCUCCUUAUCAUGCUCACUGGUUAUCUGCUCCUGUUGUGAGUUUCCCAUGAAAUGAUGUGGCAGCUGUGAAUGCACUUUGACUGGCAUGUGUGAGCUGAGUUGAGGGGUCACCAUGGAUCACAGAGGUCACCAUGGGCCCGACUCCGGCCGCCACUCCCACAGAACUAAAGGCAGAGAGGCGAAGUCCAGGUAUUCUCAGCAGGAACGGGACCAGAACUACCCACCAGCUGACCCCAGAGACAGGGACAGGCACUGGGGCCAUCCCGAUCCCCGCUACCAGCCUCAUUUCACCAGCCCUCCUCCUCCCAGAGCUGAGCAGUAUCCUUACAGCUCUCAGCAGCACUCCUACGGCUAUGGACGACCAGAACACCAAAGACCUCAGUCCAGACAUGGGUACGACUAUUCCCCCCACAGCCACUGGGACUACAGAGACAACUACGGUUACUAUGACUACUACAGAGGACAGCAUGGACAACCAGAUGGUGGUCAAUGGGCUUCCCAGGACUCAUGGAGACCAGACCGGUACCAUGAAAGAACACAGAGGCAGGAACAUCCAGGGAGCUUCUAUACAGAAGAGUACAGGUAUGACCAAGGGAGAGACGGUUCCCAACAUUACCUCAAUGACUACGAGGAGACUCCCUCCAGAGAAAAUGAAGAGAUUUCCACCUAUUAUCUUGGAACAUUAGAAAGUUCCAAAAACUCAGGUUUAUCUUCCAGCAGCUAUGAGCUGAGUCAGUACAUGAACGGAGCUGAACACAGUAGCUCUGCCUCACAGCCCGAUCACACGCCUGAAGGAGAGCCUGUGCAUCAGAUGUCAGCUCCUCUGAAGUACUCCAUCCCUCAUGCUGUUGUCAGCUUCGGGCCUGCAGGUCAGCUGAUACGGGUCAAUCCAGGCUUGUCAACACAGGAGAAUGUCAGCCAGCUGGAAAUCCACAGUCUGGAAGUCAUUCUGAGUGAGACACAGGAACAGCAAGAGAUGAGAAACUUUCCAGGGCCGUUAACCAGGGAAGAUUUGCACAAAGUAGACGCUAUAGAGUUUGCCCACCAGAGGGCAGGAGGCUGCAUGAGAGAUGACAAGCUGCAGGAUAAAAGCUCUGCUGCGCUCUUGUGGAAUCUGUUGAUACUGCUCUGCAGACAGAACGGCCAAAUAGUUGGGUCAGAUGUUGCAGAGCUGCUGAUGCAAGGCUCAAACUCUGAUGGAAGCUGGGAGUCAGACGCUCCCACACUCAUUGACUUCAAUGAGAACACGACCGCUGAAGCACCACCUCGCAAAGGGGACGACCUGCUAACGGGAAAUUGGACCAGCUUCAGCUCUGAGAACUCAGAAAAGGCCCUGCAGAGCUACACUAAGCUACUGCUGGCUGGAAGGAAGAAGGAGGCCCUGGAGGCGGCCAUGACCAGCGGCUUGUGGGGGCACGCACUUUUUCUGGCCAGUAAAAUGGACAACAGGUCUUACACCACUGUGCUGAACAGGUUUACAGGCCAGCUAACGGUCAGCGAUCCCCUCCAGACUCUGUUCCAGCUGCUAUCUGGAAGAAUCCCUUCUGUAGCCACGUGCUGUGGAAAUGAAAAAUGGGGAGACUGGAGGCCCCAUCUGGCUGUGAUGCUCUCCAAUGAGACGGGAAAUUUAGCCGUCCAACAGAAGGCCAUCGUCACCAUGGGAGACACACUCGCCUCCAGAGGCCUCAUACAUGCAGCCCAUGUGUGCUACCUGACAGCCAGUGUUCCCUUUGGGGUGUUUACACAGAAGGCAGAGAGAUGGGUGCUUCUGGGCAGCAGCCACAGGCAGUCGCUGGAAGACUUUGCGACAAACUCUGCCAUUCAGUGCACUGAGUUAUACGAGUACUGUCAGACACUUGUGGACAAAAGCUUUUCAAUACCAUCCUUUCAGGUGUAUAAGUUCCUGUAUGCAAGUCGCCUGUUGGACUGUGGGCUUCCAUCUCAGGCCUUCCAUUACUGUGAGGUGGUGGGUCAAGCCAUCCUCAGGCAAAGGGAGCCUUUCUUUGUUCUGACUGAAGAGGUUGUUAAGCUUUCAGAUAGACUGAGAUUCUCGGAGGGUCAGUUCAGCGAAGGAGGCCUCAGUGGAGUAGAACAGGAACCCGUCUGGCUGAAACACCUGAGGGCUCGACACCACAAUUUACAGAUGGGGAGUUACGACUAUGCUGACACAUCCCAGCUAGCUCCUGAAAGCAGUGAGUAUGGGGACACCAAAGUGUGCUCAGAACCUGAUUACGAUGAUCUAAACCAUGACAUCAAGAGUCCUGAGCCUGAAUUACUUUAUUACACUGAGGACCAAGAAAGCCUUGUGCAUCAAACUGAGAUGUUAUUGGGCAUCAGAGGAGCUCAGGAUUGGCCACAAGCCAGCUCUCCCCCUAUGCCAGUAAUGGUGGUCUCCACUUCCCCACCGCCUACUGUGGCCACAAGCCAAAACUUCAGUUAUCAUAACACAGAUACUGCUGAAGUCAGAAGUGCCUCACCACAUUGUUCUCCAAGCAAUCUGGGUUCAGUAGCAGAGGGACUUCCUGAAUUGUCCUCAGGAGCAGGGACGAUGGAGGUCAACUUCAGUCAGAAUGGGCAAAGCCAGCAGACCAUUCCUCAAGGUUUAGGGUUCUCAGACCAGAACAAUGAGCCUCCUCAACCAGCCACAAAGACAGGAUGGUUCAGUGGUUGGUUUAAAUCAAAACCCAAAGAUGUCCAAAAGGAGAAUUCGGAGCCGAGUAACCAAGCACAGACAGUACCGCCCACUGCUGGCUCUUGGCCUCCUCCACCGCCUACCGCUGGCCCUCCUGGCAUGUUUCCCUCCCAGCCUCCCUCUGCUGGAAUAAACGCCUUUUCAAGGAAACCAGGCCAGCAGCUGGGCUAAAAAAAAUCGUUGCCAUUCAUCUCUGUCACAGGAUCACUGAUGCCACUAAAAUCUUUUAUGUUGUCUAUAUAUUGAAUGAUCGCUUCAUCUGAGCUUGGAAGUUCGAUCCAUACAGCUCCUGUGCCUGCGUUUCUUUUUUGGGAGUGCCCUUUCAAACACCUACAACAUCAUGUGGCAUGUUGGAUACAGAAAUACUCUGGAUGGACUGGCAUACUGUAACAACUCAUAUUGCAGUGAGUGAAACAGCUGAGGUGUUCUUUCUGGAAGCUGACAGUCGGGGGAAACACCAGGGUACGCAGGACAUACUUGGGGAAGGAAUAUCAUUUAACUGUCUGAACCUCUAAACCCACUCACAGGUUAAAAAGACAUGUUUUGUUUCUGAAUUCACCCGCAUCAAACCAUUUAUCAAAAGGUAGAAACUGUAAAAUAGAAAGAAUUGCUUAUGACUCUUGAACUACUCAUCAGAGACAUGCCAUUCUGUUGGAAGACCUAACCAAAACUAAGCUUAAAAUUCAUUAAAACCACUUUCUUCUGCAGCUAUUAUUUGAAAUUUAUUUUUAAAAAAAAUCAAUUAAAAAAACUUUACCAGAUUCUAUAAGAAACCAAAAUUUCUGCUCUUCUGGCAACAACCUUGAAGACAUUAGCGACUCCACUGCGACCAACAGUCACAUGAUAAAGUUAUAGGAACUUUCGGCUGAACUGCAGACUGUGUUACCACAGAGCAGAUAGGAAAGAAAAAUGGAAACAAAUUAAAAAUGUAAAUAGUAAAAUAUCUAUAAUAUGUAGGGUCAGCAUUUUUAAAAAAUAUUUUUGGUAGCUCCUUGUGGGCAGUUGAAAAAAUAUUGAACAUGUUGAUUUCAGGUUUUUCCAAUUUUGGUAAAAUCAAUAAAGAAAUUUAACUUUGUUUUUUUUUUCUAAUGAUUUGUGGCAUUAUAACUUCAUUAUACUGCACAAAAUACAUUUUUGAGUUCUCUCGACUUUCCACAGAGGUGCAGAACUUUAUAAUGCAGUAAAAAAUGAGCCCACUGUGAAGAAAAAUGGGGUGGUAGCAAAAAAACUUUGUAGCAUUAGUUAAAUCUGACCAGUUCUCCUAUGAAGAGAAAAACUGUUCCCGAGAUUGGAAACAUUCACUUCAAAGGUUCGAUCGCCUCUAUUUUUGAGCCUAGACCUCUGAACAUCCAAGAGCAUCUGGUGGGUCGAUCUCAGAACUCUGACCUCAGUGCUCUCAGUGUUGUGAUGAUGCAAGAAUUUUGCUAAAUAAGGUGCCACCAACCCAUUUAAACUUUAAAACUAACCAAUAAAUCUAAAAAUCAACCAUGACUUUUUAGUACCAUCUGCAGAUGAUGUCGUUCUGUACCCACAUGCAAAGAGUAGCAACAGUGUUAAUAGGGUCUUUGAUAGAGAGAUCGGCCUUCCCUCAACAUCCAUCAGCAAAAUGUAAGCUAUAUUUAGACAGAGAAAUGAACGAAUGGCCCCAUUGCAUCAGCUUUUAUGAUAAAAUAUCUGUGCACUAGCAUUUGUAUGCUACAUAAAAUAGACAAACAUAGUUACUGUCACUGUACUUCCUGAUAUAGGUUCACCACAGAAAUCUACAGACCUGAUUACAGGAACUAUAAAGAUUACAAUAAUGAAACCUCUAUGACGGUGGGACUAGCAUUUAUAUGUCUCAAAAAAUACUUUAAAACAUAAGUAGGAUACAAUUGAAUAAAUGCUGCGACCAUUCAGCCCCACAGAAGUCAGCUUGUACUUCCAAGUGAGGAAGUGUAGUAAAUUGAUCACAGUGAAGGCAAUGCUUGAUUAUUUUUACCGUGUGUAAAGUGCAGCAGUUGUACUUUUAAUUAUAUAUGAGACAUGUACAGAAAAAUAAUCCAGGCAUAAUUUGUUCUCCGGUCAUCAGGCUGCCAAGAUGAAUGAUACCACAUGGUGGGAGAGGGAGGGGCAUCGGGAAAGACCUAUGCUAAGCUCCCCUACAGCCAGCUGUUUAUGUGCUGAUGAGUUUUGCAGUGCCUUUAUCUAAGAAAGGGUUUUAUUGAUACUGCUAGUAUGUAAAUUUUGUCAGCCCACAAAGCUCUUUAAAAUGUAUAUAAACACAUAAUAAUAUAUAUUCAGGCAAUGAAUUUUGGAACCACCUUUUUAUUACUAUGUCACUUUGUCACAAAUGUUUUUGCUUCAAUCACAUGACUGUACUUGGAGUAAGUCAGUGUUUUUUUUGCCUCUGAGUAAAUCUCUAUAAAAUGCUGAAAUCUG